AUGGCCUUCAUGAUACGACGGCACCGCUUCAAUUCGUGGACAGUCAGAAAAGAACGAAAAGCUAACGCUAAGAGAUGGCAUGCUCGCCUUGGCCAUCCUAGACCCCAAGCUAUCAAACACCUUGCCACAAUGACAAAAGGUGUCCUACCACUGUACAGUGCAAAGCCUAUGGAAGGGCAAAAGCCAGACGAAUUAUACAAUAAGAAGAAAGAAAUAUUGUGGAACGACCUGGCGUGGGGUGUCAUCAAGGAUAAGGCUAGGGCCAUAAGAAAUGAUGCAAAGUUACCUAUGGAUUUAUGGUCAGAAAUAUACCAAGCCUCAAUCUAUCUUUAUAACUGUACCCCAAAGUUCAUGUACAACUGGAAAACGCUAUACGAUAGCUAUAAAGCAUAUACCCUCACAUCGGAGUAUCAACUCAAGAAAAAUCGACUUCAAUGCUUCAAUCUGCGAGCAUGGGUAGACUAUCUUGUUGGAUAUGACUCAACAAAUGUUUAUAGGAUUUGGAAUCCUUCGACAGGGAGGAUCGUGCGAGCAAGGGACGUUAUUUUUAACAAGGAUGAAGUCUUUAGUGAAGAUAUCCAAGAUAUUAAGGAUGAUCUCCUUCAUGUGUCUGUUGAAGAACUGACAAUCUUGCUGAAUAAGAUAGAUAUCCAAGUACAGUCAGGUGAAGUCAAAGAUAAUGCUAACUUUAGAGAUAAGAUGGAGGAUUUGGUGUUUGACAGAAAUAGGCACAAUGAUGAGCGUACAACAACAACAGGCUCAGUGACUGGUUCUGGAUUUGAAGAUUCAAGUCAGCUUGAUUCGGACUAUCCAAGCGGCCCAUCUCUGAGCUAG